UUGGAAAAAUCAAAUUCCGUUAUUCAGUUGCCGUUUGGAAGUUCAGUCGUCGCCGCUGCUUACCGUUCGUAUCGUCGUGUGGAACUGUGUGUGGCAGAGUGCUCGGAGUACUCGCUAUCGUUGUCGCUGUCGUUGUCGUUGCGUGUGCAAGUUGCAAGUUAACAACCCCUCUCACACCACAACACCACAGCACCACGAGUGCUGCUGCCCUCACGCACUCGCUGCUGCCGUCGCCGUCGCCGUCGCUGUUGCCGCUGCGACACAUCCAACAGAUACUUUUGCGUGUGCUUUUGAAUUCGUUUUCAAUUCAAUUCAGCCACGUCCUGUUACGGGUGCAGACGCGUUAUUUCCGUUUCCGACAACAACAAAAAAAAAAACAACCAACAACACAACAAAAAUAACAAAAAAGAAGAGAGAGCCCAAUCAAACAUUUGAGCAACUUCAUAUACUUACCCUAAUUACGCGCUGGAUUAAAUUAUUAAAACACUAAAGCCGACGCGGAUUUAGAAUCAACAGCCGAUUUCACCGACACCAACACCAACACCAACACCGACUGAUUCUUUCAAUGUGUGUGCGAAUUCAUUGCAUGUGUGUGUGUGUAUAUUUAGUGUAUCUAUGUGUGUGUACGUAUGUGUGGCUAUAACAGCUAACGCGCUGGCAUCAAAGUCGCAUUAAAAACAUAUCCAUGAGUUACUUAAAAUUAAUCACUAACAUAAUCACUGUGAUUUUUAUUUGAGUUGCCGAGUUGCUCUCUUUCUCUCUCUCUCUCGCUCAAACGCGUGUGCAUCAACAACCACAACAACAACAAUAAUAUCAACAAAUUGUAUGCAAACUAUAAAAACCGUUUAAAUGUUUUAGCCUUUGAUUAGCAAUUCAAAGUCUUUACAAAAAAAAAUACAGCACACAAAUCUGCUGCAACGACAAUAAAGAUCAACACUAAACUCGGUCUAUUCAAUUUAUCAAUAAAUUUUCCAAGAUUUAUUGCCGACGCAACCCACGCGACAUUUCGUCUAAAGAAAAUUUUCUUGAUUUUCGCGUUAAACUAUACAAAUGAAAUUCAAAUGAAUGCCAUUUGAUUUAUUGCCAAAGUGCACAACAUUUGCUCCACAUUAAGAGUGCUACCCACUCUGAAAAUCCGGAGAACCAACAAGAGUUCAACAAUUCCGAAACUGGAAACUACAACAACAGAGCUGACCCCAGAUAUCUUAUAAUAUAUCCAGCUGCCGAUCUGACGGCGCAUCAAGUGGAUUAAUUUGAAUUUCUUUCCGUAAACUAGAGCAUCGCAGCGCGCUUCGCAGCCGCGCGAGCUCAGAGACAGCCACAACUUGGAUCUGCUUUCACCACAGUUGGAAGAUACCGGCCUCAAGACGACGACAUUCUUGCAACACUUUAAGGACGUCGUCACGACGAAGUUCAACGGCCGAGAUCACCAUUUGCCGCCACUGCAUCCCGCGCAUCCCGCGCACCAGCAGUCCGCGCUGCAUCAUCACCAUCAGCCGCACCAGGCUGUCGCCCAGAGUUUCUCCACCAUUUUUCCAACAUAUCUAGGCAUGGACCGCGGCGGUUGCGGUGCCGCUGGCGGUGGACUCGGCGUGGUCACUAGCUCGGCCACCGCCCUCGGUCCCGGCGGCAUUCCUGGCGGCGGUGGUGGCGGCGGCAUUGUCAGCGGUGCACUGAAUGGCCUGGAGGCCAUGUCCGCCGAGUCGACAGGCUUGUGCCUGCAGGACUUGGUCAGUGCGAGCACAGCGAAUGGCGCCGGAUCAGCGGGAUCGGCGGAGAGCGCAACCACGACAAGCACAGCGCUGAGCAGUGGCAGCUCCACGGUGAAUGGCGGUGGCAGCAGCGCCUCCGGUGCGGAUCAUCUGCACAGCCAUCACAGCCUACAUGACUCCAGCUCAUCGGUCAGCAUCUCACCCGCCAUCUCGAGCCUGAUGCCCAUCAGCAGUCUCAGCCACUUGCACCACACGGCCGCCGGUCAAGAUCUCGUUGGCAGCUAUCCACAGCAUCCACAUCAUGCCGUCGUGCCACCGCACACACCGAAGCACGAGCCGCUCGAGAAACUCAGAAUUUGGGCCGAAACCGGUGAUUUUCGUGAUAGUCAUAGCUCCAUGACCGCCGUAGCAAAUAGUUUGGAUAGCACACAUUUAAACAACUUUCAAACAUCGUCAACAUCCACCUUAACAAAUCGAAGUCGGGAUCGCAAAGACGGCAAUCGCAGCGUUAAUGAGACCACAAUCAAAACGGAGAACAUAUCAAAUUCCGGUCACGAUGAGCCGAUGACAACCAGCGCCGAUGAGCCCAAGAAUGAUAAGAAGAACAAGAGACAGAGGCGUCAGCGCACACACUUCACCUCACAGCAGCUACAGGAGCUGGAGCAUACGUUCAGUCGCAAUCGAUAUCCGGAUAUGUCCACGCGUGAGGAGAUCGCCAUGUGGACCAAUCUCACCGAGGCCAGAGUCAGGGUGUGGUUCAAGAACCGACGGGCCAAGUGGCGCAAGCGUGAGCGGAAUGCCAUGAAUGCGGCUGUGGCAGCUGCAGACUUCAAGUCUGGCUUUGGCACACAGUUCAUGCAACCGUUUGCCGAUGAUUCGCUGUACACUUCGUAUCCGUACAACAACUGGACCAAGGUGCCAUCGCCAUUGGGCACUAAACCCUUCCCCUGGCCCGUCAAUCCACUCGGCUCGAUGGUGACCAGCAAUCAUCACCAGAAUUCGGUCAAUUGCUUCAAUACUGGCGCCAGUGGAGUGGCGGUUAGCAUGAAUAACUCCAUGCUGCCGGGCACUAUGGGAUCCACGUUGACCAACACGAAUGUGGGCGUGGGCGCUGCCCCCUGCCCGUAUACGACGCCCGCCAAUCCGUAUAUGUAUCGUGCCGCCGCCGAGCCGUGCAUGAGCAGCAGCAUGUCAUCGAGCAUUGCCACAUUGCGUUUGAAGGCGAAGCAGCAUGCCACAGGAUUUAGUAGCCCCUAUUCGGCGCCAUCGCCCGUAUCGCGCUCCAAUUCCGCCGGACUGUCCGCCUGCCAGUAUGGCGUCACUGAUGUUGUCUGAGAAAACGCUCUCGGUGCUCUGCUCAAUCAGCAUCAGCACCACUUGCAGCACUUCUCCGGCCAGCACAAUGGCAAUGCCAUGCAACAUCAUCAUUUGAACAACAACAACAACAGCAACGGCAAUAGCAACAUGUUGCAUGCUCACAACCAUAACAACAAUAACAACAAUCAUCUGCUGCUGGAUCAUAGCGAUUUGGGUUUGGGCAACGGCGGAGGCGGCAACGGAAAUGGUAACGGAAAUGGCACUGACGAUGGCGGAGGCGGAGGCGGCACAGUGGGCAGCAUUGAUGACAACAACAAAUCGCCGCUGGGCAGCAAUGGGUUAAUGUCUGCCGCUGCAGCUGCUGGUGGCGCCUCCAGCGGCAACGACAAUGCCGACGAUGUGGACGAGGAAGUCAUCGAUUGAGCGAUUGCUUAUUAAGUAUAUACAAAAAAAAUAUAAAUAUAUUUAAAAAAUAAAAAAAAUAUUUAAAUCAACGUACUUAUAACAUAAAUAAUUAACAAUUUGUUAUUGUAAAACUGCAUAAAUCAGUAAAAAAGAAAGCAAAAAACACGGCAGAAAACCAAAAAAAAAAUAGCAUUAAGCGUACUUAAUUAAAUUUUAGAUGGGAAAGUCGCAUCAACAUCAACCAAAAAAACAAACAAUGGCAAACAAAUUUUUUCGAAGAACAAUAAUUACAUUUACAAAAAAAAAGGAAAAAAUAUUAAACCAAACAAAAAAAAAAACCAAUUGAAAUGCCAACUUUGUGGGCAGUUUUAAUUAGUUGGCAUUAAGCGCCAGCCAGAAAGGCAACAAAAUUAAUUACAAAUUGAUAAUUGUGUUUUAUUUUUGUGCCGAUUAAAUGCCAAUUAUGUUCAUUUAACGCCCCAAUUCCCUAGCCCCCAAAAGGUAAAAAAAAAACAUUAAUGUAUAAUGUUAAGUGUUUUGUAAAUAUAAAGCAAAUAUUUAGCUAUAGACAGCAAGCUGUAUGUAUAAGAAGAUAAACAAGUUCGAUCUAAAAUAAAAGAACUAAUUAGCUAUACCAAAAAAAAAAAAAAAAACAAGUUAAAGUUGUCUGCAAAAUCUUUCGAAACAAAUUUAAAACUAAAACUUAAAAUCAAAUCUCCGCCUAUUCCCCAACCUCUUUUUGUUUUUGCAGCUCAUACACCAAAUACUAUAUAUAUAUUUAAAGAACGUAUCAAGAUCAAGUCAAAUGAAAAUGUGUAUUGUAAACAAAAUAUAUCAAAGCCCGUAGUGCAGUUUUUAAGGAGUUGUCUAGUCGUAUAAACAACCAGAGAUAAAUCAACAAAA